GACACUUGAGCCAACAUGAAUCAUCUAUACUCGUUUUCCCCUCGAAAGCCAAACAUAAGCAGUUCCAUAGACUUGACACUCUAGCAAUUGUCUUACUGAGCAGGAUUAAAUUACCUCGCUACUAGAGCCAGCUUGCUUGCUAACAGUUGAGUAGCCAGCCAGCUAGCGUUAGCUCCAACAUGAAAGACUCUCCUCCGCGCUAUCACUAACAGUUGUGUCUCGUGAUUUGGCAUUGGUCACGAGCGUGCUAGAUAGGUCCGUCGUUUGGUUCGAUAGAAUCCGAAGAACGUCUGUAUUUUGUGCACGCGGAGUGAAAUGACAACAGCUUGACGUUAGCUAGGUGACAAGUUUUAGAAAAGCCACUAAGCUAAGUUGGGACACUAGCAAAGCUUCGUCGUUCAGUAAUGCCAGAUGGACUUAUUACAAGCAGGCCUCUGCAGAAUGAGGCUACUGGUAUCGAUCUGCAGGUGCCCCUCUACCAGGAGAUCAGAGGAUCCAUGAUGACUGGCCAUGUAGAGUACCAGAUUGUUGUGGUUACCCGUCUUGCUGCCUUUAAGAAUGCUAAACACAAACCAGGAGAUGUUGUACAGUUAGUGGUCUCAAAGAAGUACAGUGAGAUUGAUGAGUUCUACUACAGUUUAGCUGCUCAGUAUCCCAGCAUCCAUCUGCCUGCCAUGCCUCGCAAGGCCCUGUUUGUGGGUGAAGCUGACAUUCGUGAGCGUCGCACAGCCUUCAAUGAGCUUGUGCGAUUUAUUUCCAAACACCCCACUCUGUCCACCUGUCCAGAGCUAUUUGAGUUCUUAGGAGCAAAAAAUACAGUCCAUGAUGUCAAACCUUCAAACACCCCUGACUGGUUAGUGGAGGAUGAAGAUUCUGGGCUGGAUUUCUUUGGAAAAGAUGAAGCACCCUAUAUUCAGCCUGAGGAAGCAAAAAAGCCAGUGAAGGAAGAAAAGGUACAUGAGGUAAAGGAAGAUGAUGAUGAAGAGGAGUUAUUUGACCCCUUAGGUGGUGUGAGGUCUAAGAAACCCAAAGCUGCAGUGGCUUUGGCCAAACCUGCACCAAAACACAAAGUCUUCCUGUUUGAUGAGUGGGAUGACCCAGAUAAGGAGCUCUUUCAGCCAGCCCGAAUGGACAAUAACCUGAAACUGUUUGAGGAUCCAGAUUUAGGGGGGGGCGUCACUCUUGGGGACUCUUUGCUGCUCCCUAAUGCUUACCAGAAGACUACAGCCUUUCUUUCAUCUCAGUUAGAUGAAAUCAUGGAGGAGGAGCUCUUUAGUGUGGAAGAGGAUUUGGACAAGCUUUUAGUGAUUAAUAAAACUAUGAGGCCAAAGCCAGCCAUUGCCCCAAAACCUCAACCAGCACUGAAGGUCAAACCUGCUGUUCCCCAGAAGCCUUCCUCUCUGGCACAAGCUGGAAUAGCCAUUGCUCCUUCAGGCACUGCACAGGCCAUGGAUCAGCUGGACAUCCUCAAGUACAUUCAGCAGAAUGAGACUGCUGCCAGUGAGGACUUGGACCUUUUUUAGCUAUUCUCUCUAGGUAUAAAGCCAGGCAAAGGUUUCUCUGCAUGAACAUAAAUACUCAGCAAAUGCUCUGUGAUCCUGAAGCUGUUCCAGAGCGUAGCCUUGGUUCACAUGGUGGUGAGAGUUAGACAGCCAGCGUUGCCUUCUGAUGCCUUCUGAUAACAGCUAAAUCACCCAUUUAUGUACUUUGCUUCAGAGUUCUUUAGCACUUGGUGUUGGAGAAUUCAAUUUCUUAACAGUGAACACCAACAAAACCAACAAGUUGCACAUUAUGCUCUUUUUAAUGAAACAAUGAACUUUUUAUUAUUUGGAUCAGUUGUGUAAAGUAUUCAUGAACCUAAAAAAAUUGUGGCGGUAGGCAUAUAUGUACAUACCACAUUGGGGACAUCUUCCAUAACUGUGGGACCAUGCUUCAAGUGGAGGCUGCUGUGGGUUUUUUAUUAAUGGUUGUGGAUGUGCAUGUCCGUUUGUUAGGGGGAGCUGCAGCACCCUCUGCAUCCCUACUUCUCAUGGCAUUGAAUUCCUCUAUCAGUAAUAACAAAAUCAUCUAACGUUUGAAUUUUCAUAAUGUAUGCUGAGCUGGAGUUGUUAAGGGUUAUAUAAUUCAUAAAGAAUAUUCUGCCUUUUUUACCUAAUGGUAUGGGGAUUCUUUUUAAAAUUUUGUUAAGGAUUGUUCUUUCUACCUGUCUUUAACAUUGUUUUGGCAAAUCAUGUGGACCAAAUUCUUGUAUUCCUCAUGGAAUCAUUGUAGCGCAAUACUCUGAGCAAUUGUAAACAUUGCAGACUCUGGUAUUUGCAAGAAUGACAAAAGAACAGUCGCUGAGUACUGGAUAAAAACCUAAAUAAAAUAAAUCUUAACUUUGACACUAACAGGAAUAAAUGUCUAGCAAAAUGGG